AUGACAACAAGGCACCGACUGGAAGUUUGCCAAGGCCCUGAUUGCUUUGGUUCGGGUGGGGGUGCUGUCCUGUUGGAACUGGAAGAACUGGCGCAAGAGACGCUGGUUGCAUCAAGCGAAACAGUUGGCAUUGUUCGCGGUGGCUGUCGCAACAAUUGUACCAUGGGACCCAAUGUGUACUAUUGGAAUGAUGAACAGCACUUUACCAAAGUCAAGGGACCUGCUGAAUGUGCUCACGUCGUCCAGCAACUACAACAGAGUCAACAAUCAUUAUUUGACGGUGCUGCUGGUGCUGGUCCAUCUUCCACACCAUCCAUGGCUACCAAGAUGAUGCUCCGAAGGGCCGAGCGGCAACGGUGGCAGUGCUGGAGAGACAUGGCACGCAUUCAAGCAGCAUCCUCUGGCACCAACAGACGCAACAGCAUCAUGGAAGAGAUUCAAAAGAGCAUUGACGAAUGUACUGCUUUGGAACUAAGGGCGUUCAAGAAUGACGCGCUUCUGUUGGCAAGGGCUACGCGGCGCCAACAACGCAUGCAGCAAAAACUCGAGGAAAUCAAAAAAGCCACAAUUCGCAGCAGCAGAACAGAUGAGACAUGAAGAAAAAUAUUCCAAGGCCUAAAGGCAAACAUGGUGCAGGAAGUUGCGAAGGUGGUUUUACCUGUGCCGGUACGGUAGCAGCACGAAUGACUUUGAUGCUGAUGGAAGCGAAGCCGUGGGCUCUGGUUUCCUGUCUUCCUCAUCAAUGACCACCGUGACUUGGGCUCGACGUACUCCAACCUGUUCCCUUCAUGGUGCUGCUUCUGAAUGAGGUUGGAGAGUGUCCUACUAGUAUCUUCUAGCUACCGGUACCGGUAGAGACAAAAUCUACAGCCAAUGCACGUACAAUAUUUUCUUGUUUGGAAUCUGGCUAGUGCAGUACGUGUAGCUGAAAUUCACAGUUGUAUCACUUUGACCACUUGCAAUUUAAACCCAAGGCUCGCCCACACCAAACGAUCGUGAACUCAAAUGCAGGCCAACCCAACCCAACCCAAUCCAACCCCAACUCGCUACUUCACUCCACAGCUAGCAUACACCAUCAGUGUAUGCCAUGUCGUCCUUCUUCUCCAAAGAGUGACGAGUCAAGCCAAUCCACUGUUUGUUAGUUGUCAAGGCAACAAGAAACAACCAGCCAACCAGCACUAAUGAACCGGGUUGGAGGUGUCAUGAUCGAGAACCAAUUCAGUCCGAAGCAUAUUAUGACACAGAGGCACCACAUGAAUUGGUACACCCAUCGAGGAUCCCAUCAAAAAUGGGAUUCGACAGUCAUGAACAAAGAACUGCUGCGUGCCAUCAUCAUCUGGACCAGCGAACUUGCUUGAUUUUCGAGUGUCAUCGUCGUGGAUUGGACCAGCUACUUGUACCAGAAACGUGGGCAUUGAUUCG